AUGUCCAACGAUACAGUAACAGACCAUUCGCAACUGGAUGCCACUGCAAUGGCUAUCACCUUUGCCAAGACUAUCGGUCGCGUCGCUGACUUUGCUGUGGAUCUUGCAGAGCAGCUCCAUAAGGAUCUCGGCUUAGAGUACAAGCCUACUGUGCACGGCAAGAAGACAAAGAAAUCGGUUCGAGACCCUAACAUGCCGAAGAAGCCGAAGACUGCGUUCUUCCUCUUCUGUGACACUGAACGAGAAAAGGCUAAGGAAAGAGGAGAUGGUCCUCCAACCACUAAGGAUAUGGCCGAAACCUGGAAAAGUGCGGACGACGAUGUGAAAGCGCACUACUCGAAUGAACAGGCGAAGCUGAAGGAGCAAUACGAGAAGGAUAUGAAUGCCUACUAUGCGGGCAAGCAGCACAGUGGGAGCGGCAGCCCUCCGCCGUCGAAGAGAGACAGUCCGGACACCUCGAGCGCGUCGGAAGACGAGGAGGAGAACGCUCAAGUGCCAAAGAAGCUGAAGCGAUAG